AUGCCUUGUGCAAUUUUAGAUCACGCAGGCAAAGAAGCGUUUGGUGCCUUGCAGUUUCGGCUCGUACAGACAAAGAAGUGUUUUGGUGCCUUGGGCAGCGGAGGAGCAGUUGGUGCCUUGCAGUUUCAGCUCGUACAGGCGAAGGAGUGUUUUGGUGCCUUGGGCAGUUUCGGCUCGUGCAGGCAAAUGAGCGUUUUCGUGCCUUGUGCGGUUUUGGCUCGUGCAAGUGAAGGAGCGUUUUGGUGCCUUGUGCAGCUUUGGCUCAUGCAGGCGGAGGAGCAUUUUGGUGCCUUGUGCAGUUUCAGCUCGUGCAGGCGGAGGAGCGUUUGUACUCGGGUAACUCAAUCACCUUCUUCUUGA